AUGGCUAGCGAAGCGGCCGCCGAGAUCUUGUCGCAGAAACUAGAGACCUUGCUCCAUCACCCGGAGUGCGUCAGGUGCUUAUCGAUGGACGACCUCGUGAAGGAGGCCAAGAAGAAGGUGGCCACGAUCCAAGGGUUCUUUUCCACUCAAGACAGACCGUCCAAGAGCAUGGAGUGGUUGGGGCGGCUCCUCCGAGCCAUGUAUGAGGCUGAGGACUUCAUCGACAAGUUCCACCUCGGAGAGGCCCGGGGGAGGCACGGAGCCCUCCACGUGGUCACAAGGCCGGCUGCCGAGCUCGUCUCCAAGUACGAGCUGUGGAGGAACUUGUCCAAUCUGGUGAAAAAGUUGGAGGAGUUGUGUCAAGAUCAGUACUUGAAGAGCAAGAUGAAAAUGGUACCCGCUAGUUCCUGCUCCCCUGCUAGCGUAACAUGGCAAGGCCAAAAAAAAGUGAGGCUGACUAGCUACUGGAAUCUGCAAGCAUCCUACUUAUGUCGCAAGGAGAAGAAAAAGAAAAUAAUGGAGCUGAUUGAGGGGGAAGCGAAGGGGCAGGUUGUCACUGUGACUUCGAUUUGGGGUGAGGAAGGCACCGGCAAGACGUUGCUCGCGAGAUCGGUCUACGGGGAAGCGAUGUGCCUCGGUGUCGAGUCACGUGCUUGGGUCCACGUCUCGGCUGGCAUGGAGGUGAAGGAGUUCCUGUUCGAGAUACUGAGGCAAAUGGGGAUGCCAGCGAGGGAGGUGAAGGACAUGAGUUUGGACGAGAUAACGGAAAUGCUUUCCAACGAAUUGGCCAAGAGGAAGAAGUACCUCAUAGUGUUGGAUAACGUGCAGCAGUCCAACACGCUACUCUUGCUAAGGUUCGUGGGGAUCAUCCUGUUCCAUCGGCAGGGCCACAUAAUCAUCGCCACUCGACACUCUAGCAUAGACGGCAUCAUGAAACUUUUUGAGGCAACGGGGAUCGUGCUAGAUAAAUUAAACGAUGAUAAAAGCAAGAAGAUGCUCGCUAGUAAGUUGUAUAGAGUACCCGAUGGUCAGAAUCUCUGGAAGAACAAGGAUAUCCUAAGUACUUGUGGGGGCUUGCCGCUCAGUCUGUCCUUACUCGGCGGGUUACUGUCAUAUGCUGAAGAGCACGAACGCCAAGAGCCCAAGCUCUCGGCGUUGCUGAAAGAUUGUUCGGGAUUAUCAGGUAUAGUCCAAUCGAGUUACCGUAGAUUGCCGGUUCAUCUAAAACCGUGUUUCAUCUACAUGGCUUUGUUCCCCGUGGCAUCCCUGAUUCCGACAAGAAGGCUAGUGAGGCUGUGGUUGGCCGAGGGCUUAUUGGAUUCGCAUUGUUACGACAGCGAGAGGAAACGGACGAGGCUGCCUGAGGAUGUAGGAGAGAAUUUCAUUCUGGAGCUCGCGGAAAGGAACCUGAUUGAUGUGGUGAGCUGGAGGGCGGACGGAUCCCCCAAGGCUUGCCAAAUGCCCACCCGUAUGCACGACAUGAUCCUCCCGAUCGCGAUCAGCUCGGGGUUCCUUCACAUACAUGACGCUAGCAAGUCGAAACACGGCGAACUGACCAGCCAGCAAGAACAGGCCCAACCGCGAGAAACCAAGGUCCGGUGGCUCGCGGAGCACACAAACAUAGUCAGAGGCGGCCAAGGCAGCAGCAACCCCGGCUUGAACCUCGGCCAAGUCCGCUCAUUUCUGUCGUUCUACCUGAGGAGAGGCAUGCUCACCAAGGACAUAGGCACGGUCCUGCGGAACAUCACCUCCAAGACUGACUAUAGCUUGCUGAGGGUACUCGACUUGGAGGGCGUGUAUAAGCCGUCCUUGCAAGGGGUGCUCCACAAGCUGGUGCUCCUAAGGUACCUAGGAUUGAGAUCCACGGUGUUGGACUCGAUCCCGCGCGAGGUCGCGGAUCUGCACUAUCUCGAGACUCUCGACAUAAAGCACACCAACAUCACUUCCCUCCCGAGUUCCUUGUGGAAGGCGAGGAACCUGAGGCACCUGCAUCUCAACUGGUUCUACAUCGACUUGAAGAAGAUCCUCAAGGCUUGUGGCAACAACGUCGAGGCCUUGGCUAAACUCCAAACCUUAAGCGGGCUGGUCAUCGGUGACGUGAAGGAGAACUCGAUGACGGAACACAUGAACAGCUUGACCUCGCUCACCACGCUCAAGCUUUUCUUGCAACAGUCGGAUAAGGGCCCCUCCUCAGGCGCUGCAGGGAAAAUGAUAUCCCGUUGGAUUAGCACCAGGCUCACCAAUCUCCAGUCCUUGACCUUUGGGGUGAUCCAAGAAGCCAAAUCCGCUGAAGAAGCCGAGACUGCGAAAGGAGCCGAGCCCCAGGCAGGAGCCAAGCAAGAGGUAGGAGCGGCACCGGCGGAGCCCACGAAAGCCAAACCCAAGAAAUCGCAGGUAGGAGGGUUACCAACACUGUCGCUGGCUGAACAUCACGAGCUGUUGGAGCUCUACUUGCUGGGGCAACUCGAGAAGCCCAUCUGGACACGGCUCUUGCCCGACUCGCUCCGGGUUCUGACUCUGUCGGGUUCGAAGGUGGAAACAGACAUGAUCCCCGAGCUGGGGAAUCUCCUGACGAGCCUGAGGACGCUCAGGCUCUUGGCCAACUCUUUCCGAGGCAAAAGCUUGAGGUUCACCGCAGGUGGCUUCCCGAGCCUCAAGAUCUUGAAGAUUUGGAAGCUGCCACAGCUCGAGGACGUGACUAUCGAAGAAGGAGCAAUGCCGCAUCUCAAAGAAGUCGAGUUCAGGCACCUCGAGAAGCUGAAAACUAUCGAUAGGAUCUGCCGUUGCAAGGAGUUGGAAACCAUAUGGGUGAUAUAUGGCACCGAUAAACCUGCUUUUGUGAAGCCUCUCGAGGACGGUAAGGGAGAUGAGACGAUUCUGCACGUCGAAAGAGACACCGAGGGGUCCGGAUCUAUGGACACCGACGAAGACGACAGGGACAAAGAAGGAGAGACGUCCGCUCAACACCCUGAAGAGGACGGUAAGGGAGAUGAGACGAUUCUGCACGUCGAAAGAGACACCGAGGGGUCCGGAUCUAUGGACACCGACGAAGACGACAGGGACAAAGAAGGAGAGACGUCCGCUCAACACCCUGAAGAGGACGGUAAGGGAGAUGAGACGAUUCUGCACGUCGAAAGAGACACCGAGGGGUUCGGAUCUAUGGACACCGACGAAGACGACAGGGACAAAGAAGGAGAGACGUCCGCUCAACACCCUGAAGAGGACGGUAAGGGAGAUGAGACGAUUCUGCACGUCGAAAGAGACACCGAGGGGUCCGGAUCUAUGGACACCGACGAAGACGACAGGGACAAAGAAGGAGAGACGUCCGCUCAACACCCUGAAGAGGACGGUAAGGGAGAUGAGACGAUUCUGCACGUCGAAAGAGACACCGAGGGGUCCGGAUCUAUGGACACCGACGAAGACGACAGGGACAAAGAAGGAGAGACGUCCGCUCAACACCCUGAAGAGGACGGUAAGGGAGAUGAGACGAUUCCGCACGUCGAAAGAGACACCGAGGGGUUCGGAUCUAUGGACACCGACGAAGACGACAGGGACAAAGAAGGAGAGACGUCCGCUCAACACCCUGAAGAGGACGGUAAGGGAGAUGAGACGAUUCUGCACGUCGAAAGAGACACCGAGGGGUCCGGAUCUAUGGACACCGACGAAGACGACAGGGACAAAGAAGGAGAGACGUCCGCUCAACACCCUGAAGAGGAGAAGCACCAAUCAACGGGCGACGGCAAUAGGGACGAAGGAGGAGAUAUGUCCGGCCAGCACACUGAAAAGGAGAGACCCCAAUCCACGGACGACAGUGAUGACAAUCAUAUUCAUAUUCAUGUAGAGUGA